AUGAGUUCCACUAAUAAAUCUAAAGAUAAUCGAUUGUCGAAGCCUACAGUUACAACAUCUCUUCCUCGACGAACAGUAUGUCUAAGUAAUAUGGCAUCAACAAGUUCGUCAGUUGUUCAAAAACCUUCUUCAAAAUUGCGGCGGUCUGUGGCUACUUCUGUUAACAAAGCACCUACAACUGCAAUCAUCAAAACACCAGAUUUAUUACACCCACCUAAAUUUGGUGGACAACAGAUGGUGAAUCGUAAACCUGAUCUUACAAAAAAUUUACCCAGCAAGACUGUAGAUAAAAAAAAAAAAUCAGUUGAAGAAAAACCCAAAUCCCCUCCAAAAAAUACAUUUAAAAUCCCAACAGUUGACAAUAUACCCAAAAAAUCAGUAUCAAAAAUGACAACAAGUGUUAAUCAACUUCAAGAUAAUUUAAAAGCCACUAGCUUACAUGACAAGUCAGAUAAAGAUAAAGAAAACAAUAAAAAAAUGGGCUUAUCUACUAAAAAAGAAGAAAUGAAAUGGUCUUUAGAUAAUUUUGAUAUUGGAAAAGCGUUAGGAAAAGGUAAAUUUGGAAAUGUCUAUUUGGCUAGAGAAAAAAGCUCCGGUUUCAUUGUUGCACUUAAAGUGCUAUUUAAAACACAAAUUUUAAAAGCUAAUGUUGAACAUCAACUAAAAAGAGAAAUUGAAAUUCAAACUCAUCUCAGACAUCCUCAUAUAGUACGAAUGUUCGGUUAUUUCCAUGAUGAUGUUAGAGUAUAUAUGAUUCUAGAAUAUGCUCCUAAACAGUUAUAUAAAGAAUUACAAGCUCAAGAAAAUAAACGUUUUUCUGAAGAAAAAUCAGCUACAUACAUUAAACAAUUGACUGAAGCAUUAAUAUACUGUCACAAUAAAAAUAUUAUACAUCGGGAUAUUAAACCUGAAAAUCUAUUGUUAUCUAAAAGUGGAGAUUUAAAGAUAGCAGAUUUUGGAUGGUCUGUGCAUACACUUGAUUCCAAACGUAUGACAUUAUGUGGCACUCUAGACUACUUACCUCCUGAAAUGGUUAGUGGAAGUACCCAUGAUAAAUCUGUUGAUGUUUGGAGUGUUGGUGUGCUUUUAUAUGAAUUUUUGGUUGGUAAACCACCAUUUGAAGCACCAACCUAUGAAGAAACUUAUAGAAGAAUUUUACAAGCUCAAUAUAUUUUUCCACAACAUGUAGCUCCACUUGCGCGUGAUCUCAUUUCAAAAUUACUGAAAGUAGUUCCUGAAACUCGUUUAUCUCUCCAAAGUUUAUUGGAACAUGAUUGGAUAAAAAUUCAUACAAAAGUAUCUAAUAAUCAAGUAUUUAAAUAAUAGGUAAAAUUUAUCACAAAGUCUUCUAUGUUUUGCUAUAACUAUUUUUGUUGGAUAGGCAUAUUUUGUAAAUAACA